AUGACGAAGUUCAACGAUCUAAAUGCAAUCAUAAGCAAAGAGAAAAUUGUGACCCGAAGAUUUGUGUUUGAUAAAUCAAAGUUAGAAACCCUCAAGAAAUCUGCAUGCUCUGCUACUGAAUCAACGGUGAAGGAUCCGACUCGGGUUGAAGCCGUCUCAACUUUCAUCUGGAGCCAUUUCAUGGAGGUUGUCAAUGCCAAAGCUAAAAUGGAUUCAAAAAAGCUAUUUGCUGCAGUUCAUGUAGUGAACUUGAGGCCCAAAAUGAAUCCACCCCUUUCUGAUCAUGCCUUUGGAAAUCUAUGGAGAUUUUCUCUUGCAGUAUCAAAGCCUGAGGAAAACAAAGAUUAUCAUGAUCUGGUUUUUCAAGCUUAG